AUGUGCUUCUUUACUGGGAUCUUUGGUGGUAAUAGGAAGGCAGAAAACGAAUCGGGUGUAACGUGUGGUCACUCGCGUGGAAGAUGCAGACCUUUGAACAUGAAGUAUAUUUUUUCCUGCAUUGCCCUUUGGAUUGGGCUGAGUCAAGCUCUGCCAUCACCAUUUCCUGAAGCUCAAGCAAAAUAUGAUCUUUAUCGAGAAGAGGCAUAUACAAUUCAGAAAGAGAUCUUGCAGAAGCGAGAGAGUGGUUGUACUUGGGACAAGGUCAUUGUGAGGAAAGAGUGGAGCACACUUACUAUGGACCAACGUAAAGAGUACACAGAUGCUGUUCACUGUCUCAGAAGACUUCCUCCCAUUACACCACCCGAAGUUGCUCCAGGUGCUCGGAGCAGAUUCGAUGAUCUCCAUGCAUCUCACAUCAAUCAGACCUUGUGGGUUCACUUGUCUACUUACUUCUUGCCAUGGCACCGAUACUUUGUCCAUGUCUGGGAGAAAGCUCUGAGAGAUGAGUGCGGCUAUACAGGAGGACAACCAUACUGGGAAUGGUCUGCAUAUGAUUCAACACCUGGCACGAAUCCCCUAUUCUCUGGUCCAGGAUCAAUUGGAGGAAACGGCGAAACGAUUGCCCAUGAUGCUUCCUUGACAUAUGUGCCCACCGUUCCGCAAAGUGUUGCUCGCAUCCCUCCUGGAACAGGUGGAGGUUGUGUUCUUGAUGGGCCAUUCGCCAAUAUGACAAAUAAUCUAGGUCCGCAAGGCCCUCCAACCGUAAAUAACGCAUUUGAAUAUAAUCCCCGCUGUAUCCGUCGCGACUUCCGUCCUGGAACAACCAAUACCUCGCUUACUUACCCAAACGUUGUAAACCUCCUUGGCCAAACAGACUUACACACUUUUCAGGCGGUGAUUGAGGGCAUGCAUCCAAAAGGUCACGCUGGAAUUGGCGGCAUGAACGAUGACUUGUAUGGUGGAAAUGGUGACCCGGCGUUUUAUUUCCAUCAUAGUCAGGUUGAUCAUAUGUGGAAUCUGUGGCAGACGCAAGAUCGUGAUACGAGGUUGAUGCAGGUUACGAGGACUUUGACGAUUUCGAAUAGUCCUCCAAGUGCAAAUGGGACGUUGGAUACGACAAUGGAUAUGGGGUUCAAUGGAAGAUCGUACCCAAUGAGAGAGUUGGUUAGCACGAUAGAUGGGCCAUUUUGCUAUAUCUAUGAGUAG